AGAAGCAAGCCCGACAGCACCAUCCCUUGAGAAAAUUUGUGAAAAGCUUGAAAUUUCUCCUUCUUUCUUGCUUAAUAACAAGUUUUAGGACUUAGAACUCUCUCUCUCAACCCAGAAAUUCCAGAUCUGCUCUGCGUCUUCCUCCCUCUGCCGUCCGCGAGUUGCAGCUUGUGCGAAUUUCUGGUCAUUUCUCUGCCGUGAGUUUCCCCCUGCAGAUUGCCGUUGGCCUCCCUACUUGCUAGCUCCGGUGUUGGCUGCUGGGAAAUUCUGGUUCUUGAGUGUUCUGUCACCCGAGUACUUGGCUUGAGUUCCGGAUUUGAGGAAGCGAAACUGAAGACAGGGAAACCACGGGAAGUGACGAGUUAGAAGGCUAGCCAUAUUGUAAUUGGAUAUGAAAUUUUAGAUAUAGAUCAUGAUCUUGUAAACUAGAUUUUAAUUGGAGAUUUUAUAAAUUCAUUUAAUGGAUUAUUAGUUUACAAGAGAUUUGACCUUGAGAUUUUGAGCUUAAGACACCUGUAGAUAUUGUUAAAGAUCAAAAUAAUGAGAUUGAGGAGAAUGAUAGUGAUGAUGAAGAGGCAUGCUGGGUUCGGUGCGAGCCCAGGCAAGCGUCCUUGUGAACCUAGCACGCUUGGGUUCCUUGCGAACCCAGGCAUUGGGUUCGCAAGGAAUGCGAACCCAAGCAAGCGUCCUUGCGAACCCAGCACGCUUGGGUUCCUUGCGAACCCAGCACGCUUGGGUUCCUUGCGAACCCAGCCGCUGGGUUCGCAAGGAACGCGAACCCAGGCGUUGGGUUCGCAGUUUGCAAGGAACGCGAACCCAAGCAAGCGUCCUUGCGAACCCAGCGCCUGGGUUCGCAAGGAACCCAGCGCCUGGGUUCGCAAGGAACCCAGCGCCUGGGUUGGUUUGCAAGGAACCUAGGCCUGUUGGGUUUCGAGGGGAAAGAGAAGGGAAAGGGGAAGGAGAAAGAGAAAGGAAAAGGAGGAGAAAGAAAAGAAAAAAAGAUAAAUUUUUUUUUUAAGU